CCAAUUUGAAAAUUUGAAUUCAUCCUUUUUUCCAAAUAUAAAAAACAAAUAAAAAAUAGACAAUUACACCGUCGUCCUCAUUACUCACCCGUCACCAGUUAUUUGCCAUCGACUUCCUUCAACUCUUCUUCUCAUUUCUCUCUCCUCUGCAACCAUUCUUAACGCCGUCACCCCUUAAUUUUCACUAAAUUUCCCAAAACAAAUUAAAAAUUUUAAAAAUAAAAUACUUCCUUUUUUGUUAUUGACAUAACCAUGUCCAUGUGCAAUUUCUGACAAUUCCUUCUUCCUUUUCUCUCUCAUUGAUUGAUUCUUCCUCAUUCCUUCAAUUUCAAGUCUUCAAUCUUUAAUUUCCGAAUUCCAAUUAACCAUUGGAGUACUUUUUAGUGUUUGAUUUUGAUUUUGAUUUUGCAAUCCAUUUUGUUUGAGGUAAAGGACUUCAAAAACGGCGUCGUAAAGUAGAUGUCGUCGAGAGCACGGAGUAGUUCACCGUUUAGUUACCGGAGAACUUCUAGCCCGUACUCUUCUUCUUCCUCUACGUCGUCGUUUAUCAAUAAUACCAAUACUACUGCCCGGUUUAUUCCCCGGUCUAAUAGCUCUUCUUCUUCAUCAUUUCACGGUUCGACCGCUGGUAACUCUGGUAUUAAUAAUAUUAAUUUUGGUUCAAGAUCUAUGACGCCGAACCGGAGUUAUGGCGGUCUGUCACCUGUCGGCUACUCACCGUCAGAUGAGCUUCUUGCUGAGCCACUCGAAUCUUCUAGAUCUACCGCUGAUAGUAUAUCCGUCACAGUUCGGUUUCGGCCUAUGAGCGAGAGGGAAUAUCAAAGAGGAGAUGAGGUUUCUUGGUAUCCAGAUGGUGAGAAGAUUGUUCGAAGCGAGUACAGUCCAGCUACUUUUUAUGCAUUUGAUAAGGUUUUUGGGCCGAAUUCAAAUACAGAGGAAGUUUAUGAUGUUGCUGCUCGGCCUGUUGUUAAAGCUGCAAUGGAGGGGAUUAAUGGUACUGUGUUUGCUUAUGGUGUUACAAGCAGUGGAAAGACUCAUACGAUGCAUGGUGAUCAAAAUUGUCCUGGUAUCAUACCGCUUGCCAUCAGAGAUGUCUUCAGCAUCAUACAGGAAACUCCAGGACGAGAGUUCUUGCUUCGUGUUUCUUACCUUGAAAUCUAUAAUGAGGUCAUAAAUGACUUGCUCGAUCCUACGGGUCAGAAUCUGCGUGUCAGAGAAGAUGCCCAGGGAACUUAUGUAGAAGGCAUCAAGGAAGAAGUGGUUUUGUCUCCUGGGCAUGCACUCUCUUUUAUUGCAGCUGGGGAAGAGCAUCGCCAUGUUGGUUCUAACAAUUUUAACCUGUUCAGUAGUAGAAGCCACACCAUAUUCUCACUGAUGGUAGAGAGUAGUGCCCAUGGAGAUGAAUAUGAUGGAGUGAUAUUCUCUCAGCUGAAUUUGAUCGACUUAGCUGGAUCCGAGAGCUCUAAAACGGAGACAACAGGAUUAAGAAGAAAGGAAGGAUCAUAUAUCAAUAAAAGUCUUUUGACUCUUGGAACUGUCAUUGGAAAACUUAGUGAGGGGAAAGCGUCUCAUAUUCCUUACAGAGACUCCAAGCUUACUCGUCUGCUACAAUCCUCGCUUAGCGGCCGUGGACAUGUUUCGCUUAUAUGCACAGUUACCCCCGCAUCUAGUAGUAUGGAGGAAACUCACAACACGCUGAAAUUUGCUAGCCGUGCCAAACGUGUGGAGAUCUUUGCUUCACGUAAUAAGAUCAUCGAUGAGAAGUCUUUGAUUAAAAAGUAUCAGCGAGAAAUUUCAACUCUCAAGCAAGAACUUGAUCAGCUUAGGAGUGGAAUGCUUGUUGGAGUUAGCCAUCAGGAAAUUUUGACUUUAAAACAAAAGUUGGAAGAAGGCCAAGUUAAAAUGCAGUCGAGAUUAGAAGAGGAGGAAGAAGAAAAGGCUGCUCUUAUGAGUAGAAUACAGAGGUUGACUAAACUGAUACUUGUUUCAUCUAAGAAUAGUAUUCCUGCAUAUAUGGGUGAUAUUGGUCACCAGAGGAGUCUUUCUGAUGAUAAAUCAGAGCUUGGGGACACUGAAAAUAAUAAGGAUUCUCCAUCUGCUUUAUCAGACCCUUCUGCCGCUGAUUACAAACACAAAAGAUCCUCCAGCAAAUGGAAUGAUGAAUUUUCUGGAGCUGGCAGCUUACUCACAGAUUCUAACCAAGAUGAUAUAACUCCAUCUGAUGAGAUGGACCUUCUUGUGGAACAAGUGAAAAUGCUUGCUGGUGAAAUUGCUUUCAGUACAAGCACCCUUAAACGCUUGGUUGAGCAAUCUGCAAAUGAUCCGGAUGCCUUUCAAAGUCAAAUACAUAAUUUGGAAUGUGAAAUCCAAGAAAAGAGGAAGCAGAUGAGGCUGUUGGAACAGCGCAUUAUUCAGUGUGGUGAGGCUUCAGUGACUAGCGCAUCGUUGCUGGAUAUGCAGCAGACUGUUACAAGAUUGAAAACUGAAUGUAGCCAAAAGGGAUUUGAAUUAGAGAUCAAAGCAGCAGAUAAUCGGAUCCUUCAGGAACAACUUCAAAAUAAGUGCGCCGAGAAUAAAGAACUACAGGAGAGAAUAAUUGCCCUGGAGAAGCAGAUGUCUUCAAUGGGUGGUAAUCUCUCAUCAACUUUUGAACAGGGCAAAAAUGAUGAGUAUACCCAAGAGUUGAAAAAGAAAGUUCAGUCACAGGAGGUUGAAAAUGAGAAACUGAAGCUUGAACAUGUUCAGUUACUUGAAGAAAAUAGUGGAUUGUGUGUGCAGAAUCAAAAAUUAUCGGAGGAAGCUUCUUAUGCAAAGGAACUAGCAUCUGCUGCUGCCGUUGAGCUGAAAAAUUUGGCUGCUGAAGUAACUAAACUUUCACUGCAAAAUGCAAAAUUGGAAAAGGAGUUGCAGGCUACUCGUGAAUUCAGUCACUCCAGAAGCUCUCAAAUUUCCAACGGAGGCAGUCGUAAAUACGGUGAUGGAAUGAAGGGUGGAAGAAAAGGUCGAUACUCUAAUCGGGCUAAUGAUGUUUCAGGAGGUUUCUAUAAUGACUUUGACUCAUAUAAUUUGGAUCUAGAAGAUUUAAAGAUGGAACUACAAGCUCGGAAGCAGAGGGAGGCAGCUCUAGAAGCUGCUUUGGCUGAAAAAGAAUUUGUAGAAGAGGAAUGCCGGACAAAGAUUGAAGAGGCAAAGAGAAGGGAGGCCUCACUUGAAAACGAUUUAGCAAAUAUGUGGGUGCUUGUUGCAAAACUGAAAAAGGAAGUAGCAGCUGUUUCCGAGUCUAUAGGUGAUGAGAGACUUAGUAAUGGAAAUAUUACAAAUGAACAAAAAACUAUUGAAGUGGAUAGAAGUGACUUCAAUGAAACUCAAUCUACACCAGAUGCUCCCCGUGAAGAGCCUUUAGUUGCUCGCUUAAAAGCAAGAAUGCAAGAGAUGAAGGAGAAAGAGAAGUGUUUGGGCAAUGGAGAAAUGAAUUCUCAUCUUUGCAAAGUUUGUUACGAGACACCUACUGCAGCUAUCCUUCUUCCUUGCCGACAUUUUUGUUUGUGUAAACCAUGUUCAUUAGCCUGUUCAGAGUGCCCAAUUUGCCGAACAAAUAUAGCAGAUAGAAUUUUCGCAUUCACUUCAUGACAAUCCAUAUAAUACCCUUGAAUUUGGAGGCAGUAAAUACCAACUGGGCGUUCUACAAUUUUUUACAUGUUGCUGAUUUUCCGAGCCUUGGCUGGUGCAAAUUCUUUGAUUAGUUAGCCUGUAUGUAAUCCCCCAGGUAUAUUAUUUUUCUUUUUUUGGUCCCUCGAUUUUUCCCUUUUCCCUUUUUCCGUUAAUGAAGGGUUGUAUAAAAUAAGAACAUAAAACCGAAAGGCGAAGAAUGGGGUGAGGGGAGGGAGACAUGAAAUAGUAAGCAGAUUGCUGCAUGUUGGUUGUUUUUAAGGAUGCAGCAGUACUGUGAAUUGUGAUGUAUACCUUGUUUAUUAUUAUUAUUAUUAUUGUUGUAUAGAAACAUCAGCGUAAGCAUUUAAAGAGGAGAAAAUAUGAUCUAUUUCAGACAUUUCUUGCA